AUGUCGAUAAAAUGAUGAAAUCAGGGUCUUCUGCCGUCGUACCUACAGGCAUGAAUAGCAAUGCCAUAAACAACAAAGCAAGAGUUAAAAAUUUCGACGCCAAGGCAAACAGGAAAACAAGAAGUUCUGACGGGUUCCAAGAAAUACAGUUUGAGGCCUGCUCCAGCGGCCGGUCACGGUCACCCUCUGUGAGAACUGACAACAGCAUUUUUCCUUCCCGCCCACCCUCUGCAUCCACCGAAAUGUCACCUAGGUUGCCGUCAUCCCUCGCAAACCGAUCUGAAAAUAAAACACCUUUUUUGAACCUCGCUAUGAUUGGACCUGUGGAUUCCGGAAAGUCUUCACUGACUGGGCGGUUACUUUACAACUGUGGCGUUGUUGAUGAAGUAACCCUUACAAAAUCAUCAAACGACGCCACUAUUGCUGGGAAACCAUCACUAAAAUUUGCCUGGUUAAUGGACAAACUGAAAGUAGAGAGAGACAGAAACCAUUCUAUAGAUAGCAAGAGUCGGCGGAUGGAAACAUCACUCUAUAAUAUGGUUGUCAUCGACUGUCCUGGACACCGGAACUAUAUUCACAACAUGAUUACUGGGAUAUCACAGUCAGAUGUCGUUGUCUUAGUUGUUCCUGCUCCAAAGAAAGAAUUCGAGCUUUCAAUCACAAAAACUGGACAACUAAGAGAAUACCUCAACAUUGCAUACUCCAUGGGUGUCAAGAAACUCAUUGUUGCUGUUAACAAAAUGGACGCAACAUCGCCACCCUAUUCACAGAUAGAAUAUAAUUCAUGUAUUCACCUCGUGCAACGUGUUGCGCAAAAGGUUGGCUACAACCCCAAUAAAGUCAUAUUUGUUCCCGUGUCCGCCAUUAAAGGUGACAACAUAACAACACCAACAACAAAUAUGUCGUGGUACGACAACUGGGAGACACUCAGCAGGCCAGGAAAUCACGUAACCGGUGUGACGUUAUUGGACGCUUUACACAAGGCACAACAACCAACGCGUAUGAAUAGCAAGGCACUGCGUGUCCCAAUACAUACAGUAUACAAGUUAGGGACUAUAGGUAUUGUGGCAGCUGGUAGAGUUCAUGCUGGAUCUGUCAGGCCACAAAUGGAGCUCAGUUUUGCGCCAUCCCACAGAAAGUGUUCGGCCCGUGCAAUACAGAUAUUUGGAGAGGUAACCAAUGAGGGACGAGCGGGAGACAAUGUGGGUAUUCAGUUUGAGGGACUGACUACAAACAAGGUUAAGAGGGGGUAUGUGUGUGGAAACCUUUAUGAUGACCCUCCCCGCGAAGCCAAACAAAUCACUGCACAGAUACGCAUAUUGCACCAUCCAGGGAACAUUAAGAAAGGUUAUUCGCCUUUGCUCCACUGUCACACCGCUAUGACUGCUUGUACCAUCACCAACAUCAUAGAACGGACAGAUGAUCGAACAGGAAUGACAGCUGAAGACUUCCCGACAUCCCUGUCGACCGGAAACGUUGGUCUGGUGGAAAUGAUUCUACUCAAACCAAUCUGUGUAGAAACGUUCUUUGAUUAUCCAUCAUUGGGGAGAAUCAUUUUACGCGAUUUGAAGCAGACGAUAGCGGUCGGGGUCGUUGUCAAGGUCACUAAAAGCAAUAUAAAAGAUAUGAAAAGUUUAUUGAAAACGCAAGCUGAAGAGAAAGCGGCAGAUGAAACAGAAAUAGAUGAACUAAAAAAUAAAUCAGAGGGUUACGAUUCACUUAUGUCCUUAUCAAAUAACAUGAAAAACAAGGAUACAAUUGAUUGUAUACACAGUAAUGUGAAAAGUGAAUGUAGUCUUAAUACCCCUGCUAGUACAGACAAAGUAGAAUCGGUGCUUGAAAGUCAAGAGCAGGGAAAAUCUGGUACCGAAGACGAUAUAACAAAUGGAAAGCAUACACUGAAGCUGAGUAUUGAUGUAGCAGGAACAAUGAACGACAGUGGAUGUAUGGAGGAAGAUGUAUAG